AUGCAGAAGCGGAGGGGUGUUGGUCUCUUACAGGGUACACAAUCAAUAAAUAACACGACGGAAGAUGCGGACCAAACACAAAUGUACUCCACGGAGGAACUUUUUCCUUUUCUCACAGAUGCGGACCGAGCACAACUCCGACAAGAAGUAGUAACUGCAAUUAACAAUGAAUUAGUACACGCAGAAAGUUUAGAAGUUACCGUUCCGAGACUUCUGCGAUCUUCUAUAAAUGAAGCGAAAGAGCUACGUCGUGCCAUAAACUCUAUGGUUUCUUCACAGAUGAUGGAAGGACAUCGUGCGGUGCAGAUUAUUAAAACAAGUAGUGAUCGUAUUCAAGACCUUCGGGCACUUUUUAAAAAACAAGGAGAACUAAUUUCACAAAUGGACGUUACAUCAGGAAGUUAUAAACAAUUAAGACAAUUACAUUUUUUGCGUGAUAAUAUAUUGUCUGUUAUUAAGUGGGCAGAAGCAUUAAAAGAAGUACGCUAUGAAGAUAUGUACAGCCUUGUAGACCAAAGAAGAUUUGCAAUUGUAUACAAACGUCUUCGUCGUUUGCAAACUAUAAGACGUACUGUUAGUGAAAAAGCAGGUGCUAGUUACCAAAGUUAUAGUGGUGUAUUUGAACCUUAUUUUGUUAAACUUGAUGCAGUACAAACUAUGUUUGUAUCAGAAUUAUAUAAAUUAUUAGAAGAAAGCUCAGUACAUGUGGCUAUUCAAAAAGCACUUGAAGAUAUACCUCAACCUGGUACAGUUUCAGAACCUUUUGAAGAAUAUACACAACUUGAGGAAUGUAUACAAAUUUGUGGAGAAGAACUCUCAGAAGGAAAUGAAGGUGAAAUUUUAUGUACUUCAGAUGCUGAACCACUUAUUACUGAAGAGAAAAUUACUCGUGCAGUACGAAAAUGUGUGGCUCGAUUAUGGGAAGAGGAGGUAAUGAUUGAUGUGGUAGACCCUUUUUCACAAAUAUCAACCUAUCUUGGUCAAAUGAAGAAGGUAGCACCAUUAUUAUCUGCCUUAGAAAUGACUCUUAUACCUCUUUCAACAAAAUUUUCUUUCUUCGCUAUUGUUGUGGGAGCUAUUAAUGCUGAAGUUAUUAAUGUGCUAAAAAGUUAUGUCGAUCCUGAUACAGAGGUAGAUGCAAAUGGUUUAUUAGAAGCUUCUGAUUUUAUUCAAUGGUAUAAAGAUGCUAUGAUGGAGGCAAACUAUACAUCAUAUGUAGACCUUAGCGUUGUAGAUAGUCUCGCUGCUUCAAUGAUGACAUCUGCUGUUGGUGGACUUUCAACACAUCUUAUUCGACUUUGCCGUGCUUGUGCUAUAUCAGUAUUAAGUGGAGGAAAUGUUCCAAAUACUCUUCCGAGUGGUUUACCUGUUACAACUGGACCGAUGGAUAUGUUUACAGUUUUACAACAAUCACUUGGAGGUAUAUCAACUGCAAUUGAAGUAGGUGUUAUGCGGCAAAUUGGUGUUGCUUGUGCAGAUGCAAUUGAAGCAUAUCUUGAAGAAUGUAAGGUUCGAAGCGAUUACGACUAUUGGGAGGAAGAAAAUGAAUCUUCUGGAAUUCCACAGGAGGAAUGGGCAGCUCGUCGUUUAGCAUUUCUUUAUGCUUUUUGUAAUGAUUGUUCUACGAUUGAACGUAAUAUGGAUACAAUUGAAUUAAAAUUUGCAUCUUACUGGGAUGAAGAAGAUAAUAAUAAUAGUAGUAGUAACAGUACUUCUGGUGGAGGAAAUACCUCACCGUUUCAGCGAACUCAAGAUAAGAUUUCAGAAAAUGCUCUAUACUAUGUGGAUGAAAUUGUACUUCAUGUUGAACGUAUUGUUGGAACACAAUGGUCUCUCGUUUUUCGUUCUAAAGAGUGGUAUGAUAAUGAAACGAAUCCAACACGUGUUAUAGUUGAUACUAUGAGUGAUUUUAUUGAUGAAGAAUUCAGUAAAGCGUUAGAAGAACCCCGAGCUCGUAUUGCUACUUCUCGAAUGAUGACUCAAUUUAUUCACAAGUAUCUUACCACCCUAAUGGAGUUCCUUGGAGAUGUGAUUCGUCACCCUAACAGUCGUGCUGUAGAGAACUGGACCAGUUUCACAGAUUGCCUCACGCGGGAUACUUCCAUUGCGAUGGAAAUGUGGGGCGAGCGGGUGAAGGAUGGCCGGGGGCAACUCGUGAGCACCGCCCGCCGUGCGCUGGAGCUGAUGGUGCACCUCCUCGCCGUUUCCACCCCGGCGGAGUUCAACUUUGUGCUGCAGCGCGACCUCCUCGACGACUUUGGCGACUGCCCGACGUUCGUCGUGCGAUUUCUGCUGCUCGCGCGGCGGCGGCUGCUGGCGGCGGAGGCCCCCGACCGCAUGAUGGCCAUGUGGCGCGAGCGGGUCGCCCACCAGCGGCGGGGCUCCGACGACGUCCCGACCGCCGGCUGGCCGCGGCCCCCGUCCCUCCUCGGCGCCCUCGACCGCCGGCUCGCAGACCUCGACCAGCGCGGCGGCCUCCUACGGGCAAGCCCGCAGAAGAAACGCGCCAAGGCAGACCAGAAGCGCAUCGCAGAAGAGAAGGAGGCAAAGCGGCAGUUGCGGAAGGCAAGGCGAGAGGCAGAUGCCGCAGCGGCAAAGGUGAAGCUCCCCACCGUCCCACGGAAGAACAAGGAUGGGGAUGAUGUCGAAGUGGCAAAUCUCGCCGAUUUGCUGAAAUAG